CUUUGUACUAUUCGCUCUUACGGCUUAGCGUUCAAACGUUCGAGUUGCAACGUUACUGUCGAGCGCUUGAGCGUUGAAUCCGAUAAGAAUUAGUAUUCCUUCAGUUUGUGAGAUGGAGCAGUGAAAACCUCCCAAUCAGGGCACCUCUCUCUUCGAAGCACUCUCUUCAAUCUCUUCACUUCUUACUUUACUUAUCAUGGCGCGCGCGCGAGAGAGCUCAGUUGCGCUACGUUUAGGUGGUAAGACCGCGCUGGCAACAUUCGUUGCAGUGAUCUUUGCUUUCGUUGGAGAGACCCAACUCACACAGUAUGUCCAGACAACACUGGGUUACCAGCACUCAUUCUUUCUAUUUUACAUCGUGCAUUCGUCAUUCAUCAUAUCCUUUCCAUUGCACCUCGGGUAUCUCCUCCUGACAACCCACCAUUCCCCUCGUGCACUGCUAUCUGGCUUGUCCUGCGCUAUCACUGCUCAGUUGACAUCACGAAAGUCUGAAGAUUCAAGAAUAGACCGGUCUUCGCAAUUCCCCCUUUCUCGAUUUCUAGUCAUGGUUCUCAUCAUGACUGCUAUCUACAGUAUACCUGCGCUAUUAUGGUUUAUUGCUGUCGCAUAUGCCCCUGUCACCGACGUCACCGCUAUUUGGAAUGCUAAUGCCUUCUUCGCUUAUGUCUUCAGUGUCAAGCUGCUGAACCUGCAAUGGGGUUUUGUUCGGAUGUGCGCCGUCUGCCUCGCCACUGUUGGGGUGCUCACCAUCGUGUAUGGCGGAAGCACGCCGCCAAUUCUUUACAAGAAAUAUGCAGCACUGCCAUCAGCCCCAGAGCUAGCUGUUGAAUCUGUACAUUAUACCCACAUCCCAGCAUCAGCGGAACAGGCUAUUGACGAGGAGAUAGUUAAUGAAGUCGUGCAUUCUCCUCCAUUUGGCCUUCAUCCCAAUUUCCUCACGGCAUCCAUUGGCCUAUGCACCAUGUUCAUCUUGUUGGGAGUCUGGGGCCCGAUUGUCACUUCCGUUGGGAGUCUACUUACAAUAGUCCUCACACUGAUCUCGGAUCUGAUGUUAGGCUCCGUCGGGUUAACUGCGUGGGGGCUGCUGGGAGCAGGCAUGAUUAUCGGGGCUUUCGCGGUGCUUGCUUAUGAUAUGUUUCAGGGUUGACAGUAGAGCCAUACAAUAGAGCAGGCGUGAUUGACACUUAUCAAUCUUAGAAUUGUCGCUUUGCAUA